AUGUUUGCAAACAACAGUCUCAUGAAUUUGGUGUCUACAGCGUCGAUCCCAUUACUAUUUCUACCAUUGCUUUAUACAAAACCCGAAUUUGAUGUUGAUCAACUGUUUACAAUCGUAUAUUUCAACGUUCUUGCAGAUGUUCCAAAGAGGUCACUCAUAUCUACAGUUACUGCCGCAUAUUUAGCUACAGGAUCCUACCAAGUCAUGUUUUUCACAUUUAUUUUCGGAAUUGCCGUGAAAAGUUUAAUCGGCAAGAUCAACUCUGUCCUAUCCUACAACUGUGUUGACCUAUUGGUCAGGUUUUGCAUAUCAAAUGACGUAAAUCAAGCUGAUUUCGUAAUUUUACAUAAUGAGAACCCGAAUGCGACCGCAUUAGGUCAACAACAAGGGGAAGGUGACAACCAGAACUUAGAUCAGCUUGGUGAUGAAAUUACAGAUAUAACUGGAUUAAAUCUUGACGUAAACAUCGAAAUAGAGAUGAAUCGAGGCCGCCAAACAGAAACCACAGAUGUUCAAGAACCAGAAAUACCAGAAAACGAUAAUAUUCCGCAGAAUCAGGAAAAUCAGGAAAAUAAUACAACAAAUUUGAACGAAGAAGAGGAAUAUGAGGAAGAGGAAGAUCAAGUAGGUGUUAUUAAUAUGAAUAAUGCAGGAACUGUUCAAGAUUUUAAUAAAUUAAACUCACAAUUGAAAGAAUCAGUAAUAAUCUUGGUUAGUUUAUCUGUAAUAUCAGGAUUAAUGCUCAAAUUCCAAAAUAAUAGGAUGAAACACAUUACUUACAUGCUUUUACAGUUCUAUUUCGCUCCAUUUUUGCAAGCUCACAAAAUUUUCUUGAUGUUCUAUCACGAUAAAGUGUUUUACUUGUGGAGACAUGUUUUCUUAGAUCUCCUGCUCUCCAUAAUCACUCAUUUUGCUUCUGGAGCUACAAUUAACUUUUUCUUGAUUUUCCCUGUCUUUUUCAGCCCAAUUAUGCCAAAUAUAAGCAUAAAUAAGGCAGAAUUAGAUAAAUUAGUCAACAAUCAGAACAAUCAAUAG